AUGGGUUCUGUUCGAGAAUAUUAUUUGACAAACUACACGAAAUGUCCAAGAUGUGACACAUUUCUGUGCACCUGGCAAGAAGUUGCGUACACGUUUCAUUCGAUAACUAUAUUUUCUCUACCCUUCUACAUUUUUGGAGGAUACUGUAUUUUAUACAAAACUCCAAAGGAAAUGAAAAUGUAUUCCAGGACUUGUCUCGUGGACAUUUUUCUCAAUGUACUUGCUACGCCCUAUCUGUUUUUCCCGACUCUCUCAGGAUUUUCUGUCGGUUUACUCAACUUUUUGCGUGUCCCUCCAAAAAUCCAAGUGUGGCUUGUGUUUCAGAGUUUAAAUUGGAUGUUAUUCUCAAUGACAAUGCUUUUGGAAAACCGACACAACUCAAUUCUAUUCAAUAGAUUCCAAAUAACUAAAAACCGAACUAAAAUCAUAUAUUAUUUGGUUCGUUAUCUAUCGGGUCUAAUAUAUUCUAUGUCUUUACUAUUCUUCAUACCAGAAGAUCAAAAUUCCGCACUACUCCAAGUUCUAACCAAAAUACCAUGCCCGUCUCAAGAAUUUUUCACGGCUUCCGAUGUUUUUGUAUUGUGUAUCGAUGAGAACUACGUCACGUUCCUGGCACUAUUCACAGGGAUUGGUGUCUUGACAGAGAUAGCUCAAAUUGUAUUUUUCUUAGCGUGUUGUGUAUAUUAUUUAUUUGUCUCGGUACGAUCAUUCGCUUCUAAAAAGACACGACAAAUGCAAGUUAAAUAUUUUGCAAGUAUAAUUUUACAAAUAUCAAUUCCAAUGGGAUUCAUGAUGCCUACCGUUCUCUACAUAUUCCUUUCUUUAUCAUACAAGUUUUAUAAUCAAGCUCUAACUAACUUAUCAAUACUUCAUGCAUCACUUCACGACUUGUUAUCCACAUUUAUGGUACUUUUAAUUCAUGCUCCAUACCGGCAUUUUAUCUUUUCUUUCUUUAAAAAAUUGGAUACAAGUGUAUCGACUUCGGAAGUUCGAGAUGAAUCAGUGAUGGCAACCCAAAUUACUAUUAAACAAGUUUCUAUGUCUCCAGUUACAAAUUAA